AUGGCAGGACGGCCUCAUCCUUAUGACAGUAACUCCAGUGAUCCAGAGAAUUGGGAUCGGAAAUUGCAUAGUAGACCUCGUAAACUUUGUAAACAUUCAAGUACUCCUUCACGUGUUGCUAAAGGAGGAGUUGUCCACACCAAAAUGAGUCUACAUGGUGCUAGUGGGGGACCUGAGAGAUCAAGAGAUAGACGAAGGUCAAGUGACCGAUCACGAGAUUCCUCUCAUGAAAGAACAGAGUCUCAGCUCACUCCUUGUAUUCGAAAUGUUACUUCUCCAACACGGCAGCAUCAUGUUGGUAUGAUGUUUGGGUCUGGCAGAGAGCAUAACUUUACACGUCCCAAUGAGAAGGGAGAGUAUGAAGUGGCAGAGGGAAUUGGCUCUACUGUGUUUAGAGCUAUUCUGGAUUACUAUAAGACAGGAAUAAUCCGUUGUCCUGAUGGUAUAUCAAUUCCUGAACUGAGAGAAGCAUGUGACUAUCUUUGUAUCUCUUUUGAAUAUAGUACUAUUAAAUGUAGAGAUCUCAGUGCCCUAAUGCAUGAGUUAUCAAAUGAUGGUGCUCGUAGACAAUUUGAAUUUUAUCUGGAAGAAAUGAUUCUCCCUCUUAUGGUAGCUAGUGCCCAGAGUGGAGAACGAGAAUGCCACAUAGUGGUGCUUACUGAUGAUGAUGUAGUUGAUUGGGAUGAAGAGUAUCCACCACAGAUGGGAGAAGAGUAUUCACAAAUUAUUUAUAGCACAAAAUUGUAUAGAUUUUUCAAGUACAUUGAAAACAGAGAUGUGGCCAAAUCAGUUUUGAAAGAGAGGGGUCUUAAGAAGAUUAGAUUGGGAAUAGAAGGAUAUCCUACCUAUAAGGAAAAAGUAAAGAAAAGGCCUGGGGGCCGGCCAGAAGUGAUUUACAACUAUGUCCAAAGACCUUUUAUUCGAAUGUCCUGGGAGAAGGAAGAAGGAAAAAGUCGGCAUGUAGACUUUCAAUGUGUAAAGAGUAAAUCUAUUACCAACUUAGCAGCAGCUGCCGCAGACAUUCCCCAGGACCAGCUGGUAGUCAUGCAUCCAACUCCACAAGUGGAUGAGCUGGAUAUUCUUCCUAUCCAUCCCCCUUCUGGCAACAAUGACCUCGAUCCUGAUGGGCAAAAUCCAGUGCUGUGAGGCUGAUGUUCUUUGAAACAAUAGCAUGCUACUCUUCAGUGACGUUGUACUCUCCUCAUUCUGCACUGCAAGACCACUCUUCUUCAUUGUGAGAUGCACAUAACAAUGUUUAGGAUACUGCAGUGUAGGCUUUUUUAAAGACCAAAGGUAGCUGGAUGGUUUUUUAAAAUGAGUACAAUUCUAGCAUCCUGAGGUCCAGUUACAUAUAAAUGUAUUUGUUUACCAGUAGGUUUGUGAAAUUGGUUCUUUGUAUGGGGACAGUCCUUUUUCACAUAUCUAGAUCUUUUCAGAAGUGGUGGAAAUUGGUAGCUGGGGUACCUUCAGUCUAGAUUGAUAUUGGCCACAGCCCAGAUAAAAUGCAGAAUAUUAUAUUGUUGCACUUUAUAAAUGGUGGUUAAAUGGAGCUAUUCAAGCCAUUUUUAUAGUUGUGAUGCACAAUGUAACUUAAGUGCUUCUAUCAAAGUAUCCCUCCAGUAAUAAUAUGUGUAAUUUUUGCCCACUGAUGAGCACAAAAGGAGUAUUUAUCAUUGGGCCUGUUUGAAAUGAUCAGGAUGAGAUUCCAGGCCCAUAUCUUACCAGUUCUGAUAGUUCCAGUGCCAUUUUCACCCUUUUAGCGUGAGUCCCAUGCAGGGAGUGUGAACAUCAGAGGUGGUUUCUUAUCCAGUCUGCCUUACCCUUCAUCUGUUCAGAUAUUUAUUUACUAAUGGGUUUUUUUCUUAAGAGUUAUGGGAUAGGAAAAUGAAGUGUUUGCUCUUCAUUUACUAAAUGAUUGUAAACUCAACUUUUUCAUCAAAAUAAAAUUCCAUUGUUUUACUGUUUCUGA